AUGACGUUAAAGGUGCUACUGAAGGAUGAAGAUCAGAGAUUAGAGGAGGAACUGAAAAAAGUGCUUCCUGGCAAUUAUGUCUAUAUAAAAACCUUCAAAAAAGGCUGGCAACAACCACAACGUGAAGGUCCUUUCAAGGUGGUCCUUGCUACUCCAACUGCAGUUAAAGUGGAAGGCCGAAAAGUGUGGAUUUAUUUGAAUCAUUGUUCAGCUGCUCCAAUAGCAAUCAUACCCCCAGAACCAGUUCAGCCAGAGGGACAGGACAGCCAAGACGACGUUGCAGGGGAAGGACCAAGUGGACUCAAGACCACGAACCAGAGCAGCUGCCUGAAAGGAAUUGAGGCCACCUGCCAGAGAGGACAGGGUGGUGGCACAGGUUUGCUUUUUUCCAGAAAGUGGCAUUUCACUCCACUUGCUCUUUCUCAUCUUUCAAUUUCCUCCUUUGAGUACCAUGCUAUCACUGUAUCUUUCCCCACUAAACUUCACAUCAUUGUCCUUUAUCGUCCUGCUUCUCCUCAAGGCUACUUCAUUUAUGAGUUAGACACUCUUCUGAGUCUCUUCCCCAUCGAUGGAACCCCGCUUAUACAUCUGGGUGACUUCAACUUGCCAUCGGACAAGCUGCAGUCAUCCUGCCUGUUACCACUGCUAUCAUCCUUCGACCUCACCCUCAACCAGACUCCGCCGACGCACAGAGCAGGCAACGAUUUGGACCUGAAAUUCACCAGACCCACCUCCGCGCUGGAUGUCACAGUAACUCCCCUUCACCACUCUGAUCACCACUUCCUAUCUUUCUCACUCUUCCUACCUGCUGCUCCUGUCCAUUCCACCCCUUCACGCUCCUCCUCUCGAUGCAACCUGCACUCCACUCGUUCCUCCUCUUUUGCUUCAACUAUCCUGAACACUCUUCCCCAUCCUGAUUCAUUUUCUUCUCUCUCACUGGACACAGCUACAGAUGCUUUCCUUUCUUCACUCUCAUCUGCAAUUAACAUUCUGUGUCCUCUCUCCUCCAGGCCAGCAAGAUCUUCCCCACCUGCCCCCUGGCUGACAGGUGUCCUGCGCAGCAACCGGCAAGAACUAAGGAAGGCUGAGAGAAGGUGGAGGAAAUCCCAGCUCGACUCGGAUCUUCACUCCUACCUUCACUCCUACUCCUACCUUUCCAAGUUCUCACUCGAAGUUACUGCUGCAAAGUCAUCUUUCUACAGAGGGAAACUGGAAGCAUCAGCAUCUGAUCCAUGCAAGCUCUUCAGCAUUUUCUCCUCUCUCCUCAACCCUCCUCCUCCCCCCCCACCCUCUUCUCUCACUUCUGAGGAUUUUGUCACCUUCUUUGAGGAGAAGGGUGAUAGAAUCCGCCAGUCUUUUCCCUCUGUCCCCACUCCUUCCACUAGACCUCCCCCUCUCGUUCUCAGUCCCUUAAACUGUUUUUCUUCUCUUUCCACAGGUGCUGUCCUUCAACUGAUCAAAUCCAGUAACCCAAACCAGUCAAUCUCCAAGGAUCUACUGCCCUUCAUCACUUUUCUCAUUAACAAGUCCUUGUCAUCAGGUGAAGUUCCAUCAACUUUGAAGGCUGCAAGAGUACUUCCUAUCCUGAAGAAGCCCACGCUUGACAGCUCUGAUAUCAACAACUACAGACCGGUAUCACUCCUUUCUUUCCUUUCAAAAAUUCUUGAACAUGCAGUCUAUAAUCAACUUUCUCUCUUUCUCACACAGAACCAGCUCCAGGACCCCAACCAGUCUGGCUUCAAACCAGCGCACUCAACAGAAACUGCUCUUAUAGCAGUGACCGAGAAGCUCCAGUCAGCAAGAUCAGCCUGUCUGUCAUCUGUCCUGAUUCUUCUUGACCUCUCGGCAGCUUUUGACAUGGUCAAUCACACAGUCCUUCUGGAUGUCCUCACCAACCUUGGAAUCACUGGCUCUGCGUGGAAGUGGUUUAAGUCCUAUCUGGAAAAUCGCUCAUACCAGGUAACAUGGGGAGAGUCCACAUCCUCUCCAUGCAGGCUCUCCACUGGUGUCCCACAAGGCUCGGUGCUAGGUCCUCUUCUCUUUUCUAGCUCUCUUGGCAAUGUAAUAUCAUCUCAUGGCUUCUCUUAUCACUGUUAUGCUGAUGACACUCAACUAAUGCUUUCUUUCUCACCCUCUGACACACAGGUUUCCAGUUGGAUCUCGGCAUGUCUGUCUGACAUCUCUUCAUGGAUGGCAGCUCACCACCCGAAGCUCAAUCCUAGGAAGACUGAGCUGGUAUUCAUCCCUGCAACUACAGGUCCUCAUCAUGAUCUUGUCAUCUCAUUCGAGAACUCUCUGAUUGUCCCAUCUGUAGAGGCAAGAAGUCUUGGUGUGAUUCUGGAUGGCCAGUUAUCGUUCUCGACUCACAUUGCGAACCUAACUCGGUCAUGCAGAUUUCUCCUGUACAACAUCCGGAGGAUCCGACCCUUUCUCACUCGUGAGGCCACCCAGGUACUAGUGCAGUCUCUUGUCAUCUCAAGGCUUGACUACUGCAACUCACUCUUGGCUGGUCUUCCAAUGCAGGCCAUCAAGCCUCUGCAACUCAUCCAGAAUGCAGCAGCAUGGCUUGUCUUCACUCCCAAGUUCAGCUACGUCACCCCACUGCUGCGCUCCCUUCACUGGCUUCCUGUAGCUGCACGCAUCAGAUUUAAAACCCUUAUGCUUGCUUACAAAGCCAAAAAUGGACCAGCCCCUCCCUACUUGAUAGCAAUGGUGAAAUCUCGACCUGUACCACGAGCUCUUCGAGCUUCGAGCACAGCUCGACUUGACCUGCCAUCCUUCAAGGCGCAUGGAAGGCAAGCAUCAAGACUGUUCCCUGUGCUGGCACCCAGGUGGUGGAACGAACUCCCACUGGCUGUCUGUACAGCAGAGUCUCUCGCUGUCUUCAAACGCAGACUGAAGACACAUCUCUUUAUACAGCACUUAUCUCAGCCUGUUGAGAAUGGGGCUUCUGACUUUGGUCCUCCCACACCAAUCUACCGAACUUCUCAGGUGGCAGAGCAGUUAUCUUCCACCUGUCCUGAAGCCUCUCUGCACCAGCAAGAGCCUCCACCUGUCCUCAAGCCUGUCUGCACCAGCAAGAGCCUCCUCCUGUCCUCAAGCCUGUCUGCACCAGCAAGAGCCUCCACCUGUCCUCAAGGCUGUCUGCACCAGCAAGAGCCUCCACCUGUCCUCAAGGCUGUCUGCACCAGCAAGAGCCUCCACCUGUCUUCAAACCUGUCUGCACCAGCAACAGCCUCCACCUGUCCUCAAGCCUGUCUGCACCAGCAACAGCCUCCACCUGUCCUCAUGCCAACCUGCAUUAGCAAGAGCCUACUCCUGCCCUUAAGCCAGCCUACAUCACAGAGCAACAAAUAA